AUGCAUAUUUCUCUAUGGAAACCACUGUCUCACUGUGCUGCUCUACUGCUGGACAAGAAGAGCAGGCGAAAAGACGGGUCUGAACACUCGUCAGACGAAAUCAAGGCCAACAACCCUUCAAUUCUCAGAAAAUUGCAAGAGCACAAACUGAGGGAAGCACUUGAGGAAGCUUCCGAAGAUGGGUCCCUCGUCAAGUCCCAAGAUGUCGACUCUGAUUUACUGGCUAAUCAAGAUGAUGGCUUGGGUCGAUCCCGUUCUCUAGCCCGUCUUAAUGCCCAGAAGGAAUUUCUCAAGGCUACUGCUUUAGCCGCCGAGAGAAUAUUCGAGUCCCACGACUCGAUCCCUCGACUGAACGAGGCCUUCACCAAGUUUCUCACAAUGUACCCGAAAUAUCAGUCGUCUGAGAAAAUCGAUCAUUUGAGAUUGGACGAGUACUCGCACUUAUCGGCCUCCGAUUCAAAGGUAUGCCUCGAUUACUGUGGUUUUGGGCUUUUUUCGUUGCUCCAAACCGUGCAUUAUUGGGAAUCAUCCACGUUUAGUUUAUCUGAGAUAACUGCCAAUUUGAGUAAUCAUGCUCUGUAUGGGGGAGCUGAGAAAGGAACUGUGGAGCAUGAUAUAAAAGCCCGGAUAAUGGAUUAUUUAAACAUCCCUGAAAAUGAGUACGGGCUUGUUUUCACCGUGAGCCGCGGCUCGGCUUUUAAGCUUCUGGCCGAGUCGUACCCUUUUCACACGAACAAGAGGCUGCUGACGAUGUUCGAUCACGAGAGCCAAUCGUUGAAUUGGAUGGCUCAGAGUGCUCGGGAGAAAGGGGCGAAAGUUCAUAGCGCGUGGUACAAAUGGCCGACCUUGAAACUCUGUUCAACUGAUCUCAGGAAGCAAAUUUCAAACAAGAAACGGAGAAAAAAAGACUCGGCCACGGGUCUUUUUGUAUUUCCCGUCCAGUCGAGGGUGACUGGUGCAAAAUACUCAUACCAAUGGAUGGCUUUGGCUCAACAGAACAAUUGGCACGUCUUGCUCGAUGCUGGGGCAUUGGGCCCAAAGGAUAUGGACUCACUUGGGCUCUCUUUAUUCCGGCCCGAUUUUAUCAUCACGUCUUUUUACAGGGUUUUCGGGUACGACCCGACUGGAUUCGGUUGCCUUCUGAUCAAGAAAUCUGUAAUGUCGAGCCUGCAAAAUCAAUCUGGUCAUGCGGGCUCGGGUAUAGUGAAAAUCACGCCAGUUUUUCCAAUGUAUUUGAGUGAUUCCAUGGAUAAUAUCCCCGGGUUUGACGAGACGGAAGAAGCUAAUAGUGGAAACGGGGAGUUAAAUUCCGAAACUCGUCAGCGUUCGCAAAUGCCGGCCUUUUCUGGCGCGUAUACUUCUGCUCAAGUGAGGGAUGUGUUCGAAACCGAGAUGGAGCACGACAACAGCUCGGAUAGAGAUGGUGCAAGCACCAUUUUUGAAGAAACCGAGAGUAUAUCCGUGGGCGAGCUGAUUAAAAGCCCGGUUUUCAGUGAGGAUGAAUCGUCUGACAACUCGCUGUGGAUUGAUUUGGGCCAGAGCCCGAUGGGGUCCGACGAAACGGGCCCCCAUUCUAACAAACACAACAAGGGCUUCUCCUCUCCACUACCACCCGCUUGGUUUACUACUGGCCGCAAGAAUUAUAAUAAUAAUAAUAAGUUGAACUCCCCAAAAGUUUCGAAAUUAUCGAGCAGUCCAAUGUACGACACGCUGUCGUUCGAUGCCGCUGUUCGAUCCGUGUCUCACGAACCGGACCAUUUCAACGGCAUUCCCGAGGAAGAACAAUACCAAGAGGAGGAGGAUAAUCGUUAUUUUCACGAAAUCGAAGAAGAGCCCGAAAUCUGCAAGCCCACCUCGGAAAUAUGCCUCGAGAAAGAAAGUGCGAUUAGACGAGAGACGGAGGGCGAGUUCAGGCUACUCGAGAGGCGAGAAAGAAGUAGGAUUGCCGGAGGGAGAUUUUUCGGAAUAGACGAGCACGAACAACAACACGGGAGCAACAGGCGAAGGGUGUCGUUCAGCACAGAAGAAAAUCAUAAAGCCCAUCAAAGUCUCUUCCAAACCCUCGAUCCAACCGAAUUAUUGUCCGGUGAUGAGGAUGAUUACAUCAGCAACGGUCAAGACUCGGAAAGGGGUGAGCCCGAGAUAUCGUGCUGCCACCUGGACCACAUAAACAUGCUCGGCCUUAACAAGACCACCUCUCGACUCCGUUUCUUGAUCAACUGGCUCGUCACUUCUUUGCUGCAGUUGAGAUUGCCGGGCUCGAAUGGGACGCCACUUGUCCACAUCUAUGGCCCGAAAAUCAAAUACGAACGUGGGGCUGCUGUGGCUUUCAACGUGAGGGAUAGGAAUAACCGGGGUUUGAUUAGCCCGGAGGUUGUGCAGAAGCUGGCCGAGUCGAAUGGGAUUUCUCUUGGCGUGGGGAUUUUGAGCCACAUACGGAUUUUGGGUAGCCCUAAGCAUCAUCAUCAUCAUCAUCGAGGGAGUUCGAGUCUUGAUGAUACUACACUUUGCAUGCCAAUGGAGAAUGGUGGGAGGCACGAGGGUAAGAGCGGAUUUGUGAGGGUCGAAGUUGUAACGGCCUCUCUUAGCUUCUUGACGAAUUUCGAUGAUGUGUACAAGCUGUGGGCUUUCGUGGCUAAGUUUCUCGACUCGUCUUUUGUGAAAGAGGGUGUUCUUCCACCUGUGGCCGAGGAAGUUGAAGAAUGA